CAUGGGCCAGACCUCCGUCUCCACGCUGUCCCCGCAGCCCAGCCGCGUUGACGGACUGGAAAAAGCUUCUAUAGCAAACUCAGAUGGCCCAACAGCAGGCUCCCAAACACCUCCCUUCAAGAGAAAGGGGAAACUCUCCACCAUUGGUAAAAUCUUUAAGCCUUGGAAAUGGAGGAAAAAGAAGACCAGUGACAAAUUUAGAGAAACAUCAGCAGUGUUAGAAAGGAAGAUUUCUACAAGACAAAGUAGAGAGGAGCUGAUAGGAAGGGGAGUUCUUAAGGAAUUGCCUGAUCAAGAUGGAGAUCCAACUCGUUCCUCUCAUUCAAGAAAAACAACUGGCUCCAAAGCAACAGCUUCACCAUCUACUUCCCCCACCUCAUCUCGUCCUAAAGCUUCAAAGGAGACAGUCUCUAGCAAAGCAGAGGUAGGAAUCCCAAAGGGCGAGAAGAAAACUGGCGAGCAGCCAAUGUCUCAGCCGUCCUCAGAUGCAACCACUUCUGGCAUAUCUGACCUUAAAGGAGAGCCUUCGGAGACCAGGGUGAAACUUGGCAACAGACCGUCUAAGAAGGGAUUAGAGGACAGAAACGUCCUGCAGCGUACCUCUGAAGAAGAGAGGCAGGAAAUCCGACAGCAAAUUGGAACCGAGCUCAUCAGGAGACUUAGCCAGAGGCCCACAACUGAAGAAUUAGAGCAAAGAAAUAUCCUGAAGCAAAAGAAUGAAGAAGAAGAGCAAGAAGCAAAAAUGGAACUUAAACGCAGACUCAGCAGAAAGCUCAGCCUGAGACCCACAGUGGCAGAGCUGCAAGCUCGAAGGAUCCUGCGGUUUAAUGAGAUGUAUGUAGAAGUCACCGAUUCACCUGACUAUGAUCGCCGGGCAGACAAGCCCCGGGCCAGGUUAACACCUGCAGACAAGGCAGCAAUAAGGAAAGAACUAAAUGAAUUUAAAAGUACAGAAAUGGAAGUUCAGGAAGAGAGUCGACAGUUUACCAGGUUUCAUCGUCCAUAACGAAGUGCGGGACUCUUUGGAAACAGACUGAUCAUCUUUGGGGGAAUCCUCGCUUCCUGAAAACCUGAUAUUGCACUGGGAUUUGAAUGUGUGUGUUUCCGUUUAACUUGUGGUGAAGGAAGCGUGAGAAACGUGCUCCCCACCUAUACAGCCCGGAUAGGCCAACAAGCCUAUCCGGGUGCAGCGACUCUGCUGUCCAGCAUGUGGAUUGAUGGUAAGGGAUACCAUGGUUACACCACUUAUUCUCCAUCAGGAGUUUUGUUUGUUGAUGAGCAGAAGACAAUCGCUGGUUCCCUGUUGCCAGAAAGCCACAUUUAAGAGUGCGAGUUAAAGAAGAAUGGGGAAUGGAAUUUCUGAGCACUGGAGAGGGGUGGGGGGUUGAAAAUCAGCAAGCAAGAGAAGUACUUCAUUAUGUUAAUGAAAGGAAGAAAUGGAAGCAUAAAGGUAUUUUCAAAGUAGGUUUUUGGUAGUUGAGAACUUAUUAAGGGAUUUGGGAGUUUAAUCACCCAAGGUGGAUUUCCUAAAGACCUGACCCUAGAAGAAUAUUCUUGUUUCAUCAUUAUAU